GAAGCCACUUGGACGUGAUACAGGAAGCAGAAAUUCAGCUCAUCUCACGUGACUCUUGGUUGGGCCUCUGCCCUUCCGGAAGUUCGGGUAGUCCAGAUGUACCCUCAUGGCGGCUGAGAAAAGUUGAGAGUGACUUCAUGAGACUGUCCUACUCUGACGGGCAGGAACACUCCGGUAUCGAGCUGGCUCCGGACGGUUAGCCUCGAGUCACUUCCGCAACCCUUCACUGCCCUCCACUGAUGCUUUCCUCAGCUUGUCCUCCUUGACGGCGUAGCAUAUCUUCUUGGGAACAAUGGUUAAGUACUUCCUUGGAGUAAAUGUACUGAAGAGUUCAUGGGACCAAGUUUUUGCUGCUUUUUGGCAGCGCUAUCCAAACCCAUACAGUAAACAUGUCCUAUCUGAAGACAUUCUUUACCGAGAGGUGACACCUGACCACAAGCUGCUGACCAGGAAACUUUUGACCAAGACUAACCGGCUGCCGCGAUGGGCAGAACGCUUCUUCCCAGCCAAUGUGGCCCAUGCUGUGUAUGUCAUAGAAGAUUCUGUUAUGGAUCCCAUCAACAAAACUCUGAUCAGCUUUACCUGGAAUAUAAACCAUGCAACAAUCAUGUCGGUGGAGGAGCGCUGCACUUACUGUGAAAAUUCUGAAAACACCAACUGGACAGAGAUCAAGAGAGAGGCCUGGGUAUCCUCCAAAGUGCUGGGUUUUACCAGGCCUAUCCAGGAGUUUGGUUUGGCACGGUUUAGAAGCAAUGUGACCAAGGCACUGAAAGGCUUUGAAUACAUAUUGGCGAAAAUGCAAGGUGAUGCUCCUCCAAGGACCCUUGUGGAAACUGCGAAAGAGGCUACGGAAAAAGCAAAGGAGACAGCACUGGCAGCAAAGGAAAAAGCCAGAGACUUGGCCACUAAGGCAGCUACAAAGAAGAAGCAGCAGUAUGUCUGAGGCUUUAUGAACUAGAUCAGCACAUGCGCAACUGACGAGGCUGGCAGCGCUGCAGGGUUCAUCCGUCACCUGAACCAAAGUGCUCUGUUCACUUUUUUUUUUUUUUUUUAAAUCAACAGCUUUGUUAUAUCACGUGUAAAAUUCAAAUGAAACUUGAAUGUGAACAUAGCAAACAAUACAAGUUACUAUUUUCUAAACUUUAAUUUAUGAUUAAAAAAAUAAGUACCUUC